GGCAGCGGCGGAAGGCGGCGGCGCGGUCCCUCCUCCCGGGCGGUGCCGCCAGUCCCCGGUCGCUGCUGCCGCCGCCGCGUGGAGCUGCGCUGCCCGCUCCCUGCCCGUCCCAGCUCACCCCGAGCCGUGCCCCUGCGGGCCGGCGGCGCGGGGAUGGGCGCCGGGCUGUGAGGGCGCGGCGUGAGCCGUGGCCAUGGGGAACAUCUCGUCCAACAUCUCCGCCUUCCAGUCCCUGCACAUCGUGAUGCUGGGCCUGGACUCGGCGGGGAAGACCACGGUGCUCUACCGGUUGAAGUUCAACGAGUUCGUCAACACCGUGCCCACCAUCGGCUUCAACACGGAGAAGAUCCGGCUGAGCAACGGGACGGCCAAAGGCAUCAGCUGCCACUUUUGGGAUGUGGGUGGUCAGGAGAAGCUGCGCCCGCUCUGGAAGUCCUACAGCCGCUGCACCGAUGGCAUCAUCUACGUGGUGGACUCAGUGGACGUGGAUCGGCUGGAGGAGGCCAAAACGGAGCUGCACAAGGUGACCAAGUUCGCCGAGAACCAGGGCACCCCGCUGCUGGUCAUCGCCAACAAGCAGGACCUGCCCAAGUCCCUGCCGGUGGCCGAGAUCGAGAAGCAGCUGGCGCUCCAUGAGCUCACCCCUUCCACCACCUACCACAUCCAGCCCGCCUGCGCCAUCAUCGGCGAGGGGCUCACGGAGGGCAUGGACAAGCUCUACGAGAUGAUCCUGAAGCGGAGGAAGUCCCUCAAGCAGAAGAAGAAGCGGUAGAAAGCCCCGCAGACGCGGGGAGGGAUUGGGGGAGCAGACAAAGGAACCGAGGGGGCGAGAGAACCAAAGCGAUUCUUUUGGGUUUAAUAGUUAUUAUUAUUUUUGGUUUUCCUCUUCUUUUGUUUCCCUGCUUAUUUUUCUUCCCUCUUUUCCCAAUGCACAGACAAUAGUGGUGAUAACAAAGCCGCUCCUGCCAGCCAAGCCCAGAUCCCGGCUGCGGGCGAUGGGCCGGGAUCUCUCCCCUUUCCCACCGCCCCUUUCCGAGAACCACCGUGCUCCCAAGGGCCGGAUCCGGACGGAAACAUGCUUUUGGGGCGAGACCCCCUCCAUCCUUCGGGACCACCGAGCUUUUGUGUGCCGGGAUGGCUGCGUGUGUGUGUGUGUGUGUGUGUGAGAACAGGGCAGGACCCUGUUGAAGUGCAUUUGAGAGGAGCCCAGCGUGCUUCUAGAUCUUUAACGUGUACAUUUGGGGCUGGGGGGGCGGGGGGGGGGGUAAAGCAGCGCCAGGGCUCGGCAAGGUCAGCGGUGAGGGGGCUUCAAGCUGCGCCCCGAUGCUGCUGCAUCCCGCUGCAUCCCUCCAUUUGUCGGUGGGAAGGGGUGUUGGAAGCCGAAGGGGGGGCUGGACCAGCACAAAAUGUCGGCGGGGGGGGAUGGUGGGUGAGGAGACACACACCCACCCCACAGGCUGGUGUUUUAGGGUGCAGAGCAAGGACAGGCAGCCUUCAGCCCUGUAAGGCUGCAGUGCCAGGGGUGCUUGGCUGACCGGUGCUGAGCUUUAAGCUGUUUGCUUGGAAAAAGCAGAUAAGAAAGGCAAGGAUUUGGGAUGAUGCUGCUGGAAGCAUCGUGAGGGUCUCCCAGGAGUGCCCCAUCUCAGACUCAGUGUCACCUUCUGAAGCAAAGCCCCGAGCGGGUCCUUAUCGCGCUCAGCUCUACAGUGCUCAUUUGCUUCCAGCUGGGGUGAUCAAAAGUAGGGGUUAGGGAAUAAAGCCAAGCCAAAAGCAA